UUUCAUCUUCCUUCAAUUCAAAUCCCGUAAAAAACAAACAAAAUGGAGGCCUUUCUACCAAGACGUCAGGUCAGCACAAGUAGUGCCAGCUUAAUGGACGAUUUUGACUGGGAUUUGAAUGAAAUAAGUCGGUCUUCCAGCCCUUUGAGUGCCGUAUCAGAAGGACCCAGACCUCUCCGCACAACCCACCAUUCCAGAAGCAAACACGAAUCAAGACAUAAAAGGUCGAAAUAUGAAAGUGACAGUCAAACUAAUUGGACUAAAUUACGAGCAGAAUUAGAAGUGGAGCGAGUCAGAAUGAGGGAAUUGCAAAAAGAAAAAAUCGCCGAGUUACAUAAAUGGAAAGAUUCUUACGAGCACGAAAAGAAAAAAGAACUGAGUGUUUUGGAGCAAAGAUUAAAAAGGGACAAAGAGAAGGAACUCGAAAAAAUUAAAACGGAACUCGAGAAAUUAAAAGAUCAAGAAUUGCAACAAGUUUUAAAAUACAAAGAUGAAGAAAUAAAGCAGUUAAAGUCUUCAUUAUCUCAGGAUGAACUUUCGAUCAGCGAAUCCAUCAGCAGCCGAUUAAAUAUCAGUGGUGUUUCGACGCAGGAUGGAAUCGAAAAUUCCUCAAAAAAAUCUUUACCAAAUGCUCAUUCUUUCGAAUUGAUGAGCAAAAUGGAGGAAGAAAUUCAGAAAUUGAAGGACGAGAAAUUUUACUUGGAAGACAAAUAUGGAAAGAAAUGUAAGGAAAAUCGACGUAAAGAUAAAGAAUUUAAAAAAAUGAAGGACGACUAUGACCGAGAGUUACGCAAGAUGGUCAAAGAUUCAAAACAGCUAGCCAUGUGUAAUUUGAAAAAAUUGAAAAUAGCCGAGUUGGCAUUAAGUGAGAGCAUGGUUUCGGACGAUGACAGUGUUUCUCUUCAUUCGAUACUUUCGGAAAAUUUAAGCGUGAGAAAACUUCCAAAUGUGCAAGAGGACAGUGAAAAUGUCCAGCCAUCCGUUACUAUGGAAACGGUUACUAUGGAAACAGAAGGUAAACAGUCAGAUAGUGUACAUGUUCAAGAAGAUGGACAAGUCGAUGAGACAAAACGAGAUGAAAGAGAAAAAGAAAGAACAUUACAGAAGAAGAUCACAGAACUCCAGACACAGUUACAAAGAUUAGAAAGAAGAUUAACUGUAAUAAAAACAGAGAAUGAGACACUUAAACAAAGGCAGGACGACCAAAAACCACUGGAAGAAAAGGUUAAAGCUUUAAAGAAAAGAAAUGCAGAGUUGGCAGCCAUAGCUCGUAGAUUAGAAGAAAAAGCGAAACAUUUACAGCAAGAAAACUUAAAGAAAUCAAAAGAAGAUGGAGGCAAAGAUUCAGAUCAACUUAAGAAAUUAUUUGCUCGACAACGAGCCAAAGAUCUGGCCGACCAUGCGAAGAAUAUGUUAUCUAAAGACAGGGAGUUGGAAGAUUUACGUAGAAAAUGUCACGAGCUGGCCGAUCAUAUCAGUAAUGGAGAAUUUAGCACACCUCAGAAUGUGGAGGUGUAUGAAGAGAAAGAAGAAUUGGUUAAUAUUAUUAAACAAGCAGCUAAAGAACGAUUACAGAUGGAAAAACAGUUGGUUAAACUGGAUCCAAGUUUACGACAAUCACAGGUGGUCCAAAAGGGAGACCAAGACAAGGCCAAGCAAUUACAGGAAUUCGAAGCUGCUAAUAAAGAAUUACAGGGAGAAAUCGAAGAACUUGAUAAGGCUCUACAAAAAGCAGAAGGCCUUGAUGAUGCAUUGAAGGAAAAAGAAAAUGAAUGUGAAACUUUGAAAACAGAGUUAGAUGUUGAAAAAAGUAGAAAUGAAGAAUUGGAAACAGAUCUUCGUGAAUUGGCUGCUCAAAACUCGCAGUUAACGCUUGAUAUCACACAUUUUGAAAAACGAUUGGUUGAAUUAGAAGGGGUGAGCGAAGAAUGUAAUAACUUGCGGGUUCAUUUAGCAGAAGCGCAGACCGAACGAGAGGCAGCCAAAGAGGAAGUUGCCGUUUUACAAAACCGUGUUGAUAGUUUGGAAAAUUUAGUUCGGGAGCUACAUGAUUCGGCGGAGCAACUUCAUCAGUUAGAGAAUGACUACCAACAAGCUAUUCAAACCGUCGAUGAAAAACAGGAACAAAUCAAACAUCUCCAGCAGGUCCAGGAAGAAAGUCGAGUACACCAUGACAAGGCUUUAACAAGUUUAAAGGUGAAGAUUCAAGAAUUGGAGAAUCAGUGUAAAUUUCACGAAAACCGAAAUAAAGACUUAAACUUUGAAUUAAAUAACUUACGUUCGGAUUAUCCACCUACCUCAAAUAGUGACAUUCAAACGGACACAAACUCUCAGGAUAUAUUGAAACGUUCGGAAACAUAUCCCGGAAAGUCUAGUGGAUUUAUUAAUAGUGAUCCAUCAAGUUUAUUUGAUAACGAAUACAGAUAUUCUAAUCACCAAGUGGAUAUUUUACCAGCUCAAUCAAAUCUUACAGAGGCCAAUCUUUCCAACACAGCAGCACCAACAGAGUCCAGUAAAUCUUUAGAUACAGGCUUUGCAGAAGAAGAGGAAACGGACGGCUGUAAUAACAGCUCCCCAAAUAAAAGCGACUGUGAUGAUCCAGAAUUGUAUGAAAUAGGCAAAAAAUUAAAAGAACUUGCCGUAUCGGAAUCGGAUGAUGAUGGUGGCAGUGGUUUAGAAGAAACGGAGAAAGAAGAUUCGGGAAUGGAAAGUAAUAAAGAGAUGAAGAAUCCACAAGAAAUCGCUUUGAGUGACAGCCGCAUCUCUUCCUUGUCAAAGAAAGGACAAAUUUAUGUUUAUGUUGCCAAAUAUGAUUAUGAUCCCUACACACAGUCACCUAAUGAAACUCCAGAUUCAGAACUACCCCUUAAUGCUGGGGAUUAUGUUCUUGUGUUUGGGGAAAUGGAUGAGGAUGGUUUUUAUGAAGGGGAACUUGUUGAUGGAAGGAAAGGUUUGGUGCCAUCCAACUUCAUUGAACAAGUUGACAGUGAUCAUCUUGCCGAUUUUCAUGCUGCUAUGGCGAUGGCCCAUUCUACGGCACCAGUUGUCGAUGAUGGAAACUUAAAUCGACUGAAAGAAGAAUUUGAUGAAUAUGAAAGUUCAAUAAAGGAACCAGAUGUAGCGUAUCCUAGAGCGUUGUCGUUGGAUCGUCAAUUAUCCAAUGGUAUUUAA